AUGGAUGAAUCAUAUUUUAAGGUAUGGGAAUUGUGGAAAUCGGAACAAAAUCAAAAUGAAGAUGAAGAACGUGCUGAAGCAUUCGUGAAAAUUAUGAAUAUUACGGAACCUUGGGAUUUAUAUCUGGAGUAUAUGAAUUUAUCAACUAUCCCAAAUGCUUUCCCGUAUACAUUAAGGAACCUAAUUCUUAGAGCUAAUAAGCUGAUACAAAUACCAGAAUACUUACCAGAAACACUUGAACUUUUAGACAUGGGCUAUAAUGAAUUAUGUUCUAUUUCGGAAAACUUACCAUCAAAUUUACAGGAAUUAUAUUUGGAUGGAAAUAAUAUUCCCAUUGUUCCAGAAACGUUGCCUAAUUCGAUAAAAUGCUUGGAUUUAAGUCGUAACAUAAUUACUACAUUAUCCAAUAAAUUACCCAAGAACUUAAAAAUAUUGAUCGUUAGCUAUAAUCUUUUAUCUUGCGUAUCAGAAAAUUUAACUAAGUCACUAAAAUCACUACAAAUAUUAGUAAUGGGAAUGAAUAAUUUAUCCCAUGUAAAAUUUGAUUCUGAUUCGAUAAUUGAGUUGAAUCUUAGCCAUAAUAAUAUAAAAAUAAUCGAAUAUUUUAAUUUGCCCCGAUUGCAAUCCUUAGACGUGGAAAAUAAUAAACUAAUCUGUUUACCGAAUUUAUCUGAAACAUUAGAAUUUUUAGAUGCAUCUCAAAAUAAUUUAUCCGUAAUCGAAAAAUUACCAAAAUCGUUGAUAAGUUUAGAUUUGAGAGAAAAUAAAAUUACAACUGUACCCAAAACUUUACCCCCACAAUUGAAAGAAUUAUGGUUAUGUGAUAAUAAACUGGUUGAACUGUCUUUGGAACUACCUCCAUCGUUAGUUGCAUUAUGGGUAACAAAUAAUGUAAUAGAGGACGUUACACUAAAUAUUGAAGAUGUUCCUAAUGCAAAAAUUAAUUUGGAAAAUAAUCCGAUAUCGGAGACAACUAGAGAAUAUUUACAACAAUUUAUACAUAUCGAAAAUCCACCAAAUGUGUCCUUCGACGGUAGUUGGGAAUAUUAUGAAAACUUUAUUAAAAUGAGACCAUUAAUCGAAGAAAUAUCAUACUGGUUAGAUGAGGAAUUAAUUCAUCCACGUUGGGAUAUUAUUUCAGAAGAAACUGGAAGUCGAUCAUUUUCUUAUUUUUUAUACGAAAUACGACACUCGUAUAUUUUUGAAAACCAUCAAUUAAAGGAAGAUAUAUCGAAAUGGUUAUGCUCAUUGGGAGAAGACAGCGCAUCCAAACAGAAAUUACGUGAAAUGAUUUUUUUAAUGACCGAAGAAGAAGUCGAAGGUGGACGAUGUUUCAUUCGUAUUAAUUGGACCUUAAAUCAAAUGAAGCUUAUUGAAAUUGCCUUCGAUGUGGAAUCUGGUACAUAUGAUAAUAAAAUUGAGGAAUUAAUGAAAUUAGCACGUGGGAUGUUUCGACUUAAUAUAUUGGAUCAAAUAUCAAGAAAAACAGUGCAAAACAAACCAGACUCGUUAAGACAUUUAGAUGAUGAAAUUCGAAUUUAUUUAGAAUAUCAAAUCCGUUUAAAAAAUUCAUUUGAGUUACCAAUCAAUUCAUGGAAAUUGGAUGAGGUUCUAUCAGACUUACCAAAUGGUCAUAUUGAAGAAGCUAUUAAAGAAAUUCAUGACAGAGAAGAAAAUGAAUUUAUCGAUUAUUUAUUAAUUGAUUGGCAACCAUGGAAAGAAGUGCUUAAACGAUGGAAUUUUGCAAAAUUUAUUAUUUCAGAAAAUGAUGUUAAAAAUGAAGAACUUUUUCACGUGAUAUUUGAUAAACUAAAAACGGAAUUUUUAAAUGAAACAAGUAUGUCGGAGUUGCCGAUAGAAGUUGAAAUUCAACUUGGUAAACAAGUUCAACGUAAUAUCGCAAAAGAUAUUUGGUAUACGUUAACUAAUGAAUUUUUAGCAACUAAAAAAUUGAGUUUAGAGGCACUAAUAAAAUAA